AUGAGGCGACGAGUGGAACUUAUGGUUUCCUGUAAAGAGGAACUCAAGGCAAAGGUUCAUACUAUGGUUUACACCAAAGAGAGCGAGGAAGAUGAAGAAAGUGUAGGUUCCUCAAAUCAUGUUACAAUCCAAAAUGAGUACGAUUCUUUGCCUCAAAAGAAGAUUGAGGAAGAGGUAGAAGAUAUUGUCUCGUGUUGUCAUAUAUCGGUCAAUGACAAUGAUCCUGUGGAAGAGGAAGAUGCUAAAGAUGCUCCACCAGAACUUGAAGGAGUAAAGAUCACAAUAGAUCCUUAUCCGAAGCCAACUUACUUGAGUGCGUUUCGAGAAAUUGAUGAAGAAGUCGUUUACAUGAAUAUACUCAAAGAAUAUAGAGAUGUAUUUGCAUGGAGUUACAAAGAAAUGCCUGGAUUGAAUCCUAGAGUAGCGGUCCAUCAAUUGGCAGUCAAAAAUGGUUCUCGUCCAGUUAAACAAGCUCAAAGACGUUUUAGACCAGACUUGAUUCCGUUGAUAGAAAAUGAAGUUAACAAACUCAUUGAGGCAGGAUUUAUUCGUGAGGUCAAAUAUCCUACAUGGAUUUCAGGUAUUGUUCCUGUGAGGAAGAAGAAUGGUCAAAUUCGAGUUUGCGUUGACUUUAGAGAUCUCAAUAAUGCAUGCCCUAAAGAUGAGUUUCCUCUUCCCAUUCCAGAGUUGAUGAUUGAUGCCACCACUGGUUAUAAGGAAAUGUCGUUCAUGGAUGGUUCUUCUGGAUAUAAUCAAAUCCGCAUGUCAUUAAAAGAUGAAGAACUCACUGUAUUUCGCACGCCAAAAGGUAUUUAUUGCUACAAAGUGAUGCCAUUUGGUUUAAAGAAUGCUGGCGCCACAUAUCAAAGGGCUAUGCAAAAUAUCUUUGACGACUUGCUCCAUAAAAAUGUUGAAUGUUGUGUUGAUGAUUUGGUAAUAAAGUCGAGGAAGAAGGGUGAUAAUUUGAAAGACUUAAGGAUGGUGUUUGAGUUACUCCGAAGAUAUCAACUAAGGAUGAAUCCAUUGAAAUGUGCCUUCGAAGUUACUUCCGGCAAGUUCCUUGGCUUUAUUGUGAGACAUCGAGGAAUUGAAAUUGAUCAAGCCAAAGUCGAUGCAAUAUCAAAGAUGCCUGAACCUCGAGAUAUUCAUGAGAUAAAAAGUCUCCAAGGAAAGUUAGCCUACUUGAGAAGGUUCAUCUCAAAUCUAGCGGGGAGAUGUCAACCAUUUAGUCAUCUCAUGAAGAAAGGUGCUCCGUUUAAUUGGGACCAAGCAUGUAGCAAAGCCUUUGAAAGUAUCAAAUCGUAUCUAGCGAAACAUCCGGUUUUGGCAGCCCCUAUACCUGGAAAACCAUUGAUACUUUACAUUGCAACACAAGAAAGGUCUGUAGGAGCCCUGUUAGCUCAAGAGAAUAGUGAAGGCAAAGAAAAUGCUCCUUAUUACUUAAGUAGUACGAUGACGCCAAAUGAGCUAAAUUAUUCGCCAAUUGAAAAGUUAUGCUUGGCACUGGUCUUCUUAAUUCAAAAGAUGAAGCAUUAUUUUCAAGCUCAUGUUGUCCGCCUUAUUUCUAGAGCAAAUCCCAUCAAGUUUGUUAUAUCAAAACCUGUCCUUAGUGACCGACUAGCAAGAUGGUACCUCCAAUUCCAACAAUUUGAGAUUGUGUACAUCCCUCAAAAAUCCGUGAAGGGACAAGCACUAGCAGAUUUCUUAGCAGACCAUCCUAUACCAAAUGAUUGGGAGUUAACUGAUGAGUUUCCUGAUGAAGAUGCGAUGUUAAUUGAAGUUCAACCUCCUUGGAAAAUGUACUUUGACGGGGCUGCACAUCGCGGCGGAGCUGGUGCUGGCAUGGUGUUCAUCACUUCACAAGAAGAGAUUCUACCAUUCUCUUUUACUCUAAAAAAAUGUUGCUCCAAUAAUGUCGCUGAAUAUGAAGCACUGAUACUUGGACUUGAAAUGGCCGUUGACAUGAAACAAUUACAUUUUACAGGAAGUUAUGAGGUAAAAAAGCCUGAAUUGCGACCUUAUCAUGAUUAUGCUGAAAAUUUGAUAAGAUGGCUUGGGGAUGUAACCCUUCAACAUGUGCGUCGAACAGAGAAUAAGAAAGCUGAUGCAUUGGCUACUCUAGCUUCAACGCUAACCCUUCCUGAUCAAACGCAAGUAACUGUCUGUCAAAAAUGGAUAGUACCACCGUCAAAUGAGGAAGAAUAUAUUGAAAAUAAGCUUGAUCAUAUCGUCGCCAUUGUUGAAUCUGCGAAGGAAGACUGGAGACAACCCAUCAUUGACUACCUAUGUUAUGGGAUACUUCCAGAAAAUCCAAGAAGAAGGACUGACAUACGUCGUCGUGCACCUCGUUUCCUUUACUACAAGGAUACAUUAUAUAGAAGAUCAUUUGAGGGUAUGUUAUUACGAUGUUUGGGAGAGGAAGAAGCGAUUCAAGCUCUGCAAGAAGCACACUCAGGACCACCCGAAGUAUUGCACCCAACCAUCGCAUCUUGUCCAUUUGACGCUUGGAGACUGGAUAUUGUAGGACCAUUACCAAAGUCUUCUGGUGGACACUUGUACAUCUUGGCUGCAACUGAUUACUUUUCAAAAUGGGCUGAAGCUGUCGCUUUUAAAGAGCGUAAAUCUUCUAUGUACCAUGUUGCCGCUAAUGGUCUUGCUGAAGCAUUCAAUAAGACUAUGCAACCUUCUCAAGAAAUCCUGCCACUCGAGCGUCAAAUACCCUCCUUAAGACUUGCAAUUCAAGAAGGGCUCACUGAGGAAGAAAAUGCUCGAUUGCGUCUUGCUGAGUUAGAAGCACUUGAUGAAAAGAGGUUAGAAGCCCAACAAAACCUUGAAUGUUAUCAAGCUCGUCUAUCUCGUGCUUUUAAUAAGAAGGUUCGUUUGAGGUGCUUUCAAGUUGGAGAUCAAGUUCUCCCGGUAAGAAGACCCAUCAUUACUUCGCACAAGUCUGGGGGCAAAUUUACCUCAAAGUGGGAUGGACCAUAUGUCGUACAAGAAGCAUAUUCAAAUGGUGCUUACAAGCUUGUUGAUGCUGAUGGCUUAAGGAUCGGUCCUAUUAAUGCCAAAUUUCUAAAGAGAUACUAUCCUUGA